GUCAAAUAUAUAUGUCAUGUACAUGUGCUUAUACUGCUUAUCCAAAAUUAUUUUAUAGACAUUAAAGCGAGAAAAGAACAAUGAAACAGAAUAAAAAAGAAGAAAAAGCCAUGCAGCAAAAGUCUAAAAAAGACAAAUUCAAGCUGUACAAACCUAAAAAGAAAAAAAGCAGUGAAGAAGAUGCAGCAAUUCAAUAUUUGCAGGCUCAAUAUGAUAAGAUAAAUCCAGAUGCGAUAAAAACAUUUAAAGAUUUUCCACUAUCUCAAAAAACGUUAAAAGGAUUAAAGGAUAACAAUUAUGUUACACCAACAGAAAUACAACGACAAGCCAUCGGGUACGCUUUACAGGGCAAAGAUAUUUUAGGUGCGGCGAAAACUGGGUCCGGUAAAACAUUAGCAUUUUUAAUACCAAUCUUAGAAAAUUUGUUUUGUAAGAAAUGGACUCGGCUGGAUGGAGUUGGCGCACUAGUUAUUUCACCAACAAGAGAAUUAGCUUACCAGAUUUAUGAAACAUUAAGAAAAGUCGGUGGUUUGCAUGAUUUUUCAGCUGGUUUGAUUAUAGGUGGCCAAAAUCUUAAGUUUGAAAGAAAAAGAAUGGAUCAAAUUAAUAUUCUAAUCUGCACACCAGGCAGACUGCUGCAACAUAUGGAUGAAAACCCUUUAUUUGAUUGUAGUCACCUCCAAAUACUUGUAUUAGAUGAAGCUGAUAGAUGCUUAGAUAUGGGAUUUGAAACAACCAUGAAUGCAAUCAUAGAAAACUUACCACAGGAAAGACAGACAUUAUUAUUCUCUGCAACUCAAACUAAAUCUGUAAAAGAUUUGGCAAGACUCAGUUUAUCUUUCCCCACUUAUGUUGCUCCUCACGAACAAGCUGAAACGGUGACCCCAGAAUCCCUACAACAAAGUUACAUUGUCUGUGAGAUUGAUGAAAAAAUUGGUAUAUUAUGGUCAUUCAUCAGAAAUCAUCUAAAGCAAAAAGUACUAGUUUUCAUGGCCACUUGUAAACAAGUGAAAUACACAUAUGAUUUAUUUUGUAAAUUGAGGCCUGGUGUUAGCUUGUUAGCUCUGUAUGGAACAUUACAUCAAGAAAAAAGAGAGAGAAUUUACAAUGAAUUUUGUAGAAAGUCAAAUGUUGUUCUAUUUGCUACAGAUUUGGCCUCGAGAGGCUUAGAUUUUCCUCAUGUUAAUUGGGUAAUUCAAAUGGACUGUCCAGAAGAUGUUGAAACAUAUAUACAUAGAGCGGGACGUACAGCAAGAGGUGUUUUUGGCAAAGGCGAAGGUCUUUUAAUGCUUCUGCCACAUGAAGAGAAAAUUGUUGAGGAUCUUAAAAAAAGUAAGAUUCCCAUUAAUAAAAUAGCAGUAGACCCGUCUAAAGUUGUAGCUCCUCAAAGAAAAAUAGAGGGAUUACUUUCAGAUAACACUGAACUUAAACAAACUGCCCAAAGAGCAUUUGUCAGUUAUGUCAAAUCAAUAUUUUUGAUGAAAAAUAAAGAAAUAUUCAAUGUUCAUCUUCUGGAUACUGAUGCUUAUGCAAGAUCUUUAGGUUUGAUAGUCCCUCCAAGGAUAAGAUUCUUACAUAAAAACCUAAAAGGAUAUAAUCCACCCAAAAAGGAAUCUGAUAAUGCGGAAAAUGAAGAUGUUCUUGAUAAAUUAAAAACAAAAGCUGAAAAUGAUGCUGGCACUGACCAAAGUUCAGAUGAAGAGGAAAAGCCUAUUCCACAAGAAAAGAAAAAUAAAAAACUAACUAAAGAGUUGCCUAAAUUUGAUUUUCACAAUGAUGCAGAUAGUGAAGAGGAUGAAUUUUUACAAGUAAAGAAAGCUAAUGUUGAUGUUAAACCACCAAUAGAAGAAGAGGAACAGAAUAUAACUAAAAAGAAAAAGAAACCAUUAACAAAAGCUGCAGUCGCUAAAAAAUUACUGAAAAAGAAAAUCAAAGUAAAUACACAAGUCAAAUUCACAGAAGAUGGUGAGGCUAUAGAAGAUGAAAAGAAAGACGUUAAAUCAGACUUAGCCAAACAGUUUAUCAAUGAAGAUGUUGGUGGAAUAGAUAUAGAGAAAGCAAAAGAGGUCUUAAAGGAAGAAGACAAGUAUGAUAAGAUAAGGUUUAGAGAAAAGGUAAAAGCUAAACAUAAAGAGCAAAAACGUAAACUUAAAAACAAGAAGAAGGAAGAAGCAGAAGAACAAGAUGACUUUGGAUCACAAUCUGAGUCUGAUGGACCAGAUUUGUCGUGGUUACCAGACCCUGAUAAAAUAUAUGGCAAAAAAGAUAGUGGAAGCGAGAAAGAAGAUCAGUCACAUACAGAGGACAAUAGUGAUUCAGAAGAAGAAAAAUACCACAGGCCUUUGAAACAUAAACUAGUUGAGAGCAAAGGUAUUCCACAAGAUAGUGUUGCCCCUAGAAAGAAAAAGAAACUUAAAGAUAUAUCUGGUUCUUUAUCUAUUCAAGAAGCUGAAGCACUUGCAAUGCGAUUAUUGCAGUCACAAUAA